UCAUAAUUUUUGGAGCCUUAUCCACUUCCCCCACACAGCCUUCUACAUCCCUCCCAUCCAAAGGAAAAUAAAACAAAGAACUUCCCACUCUUCACACUCCUCACCAAUCAGCCAUGUAGCAACCAACCCCCAAAAUAAUGCAGCAAAAACACACAAUCCAUUUCCUCUCCACCACCACCACCACCAAACCCCAUUUCCUUUCUUCCCUCCACCACCACCAUGACUAUUCUCAAAGGAACCUCCACUUCCCUCCUAUCUUUUCCCUCAAAGCCACCACCACAACAACAACAACAACAACACUCUCUCUCCCUCUUAAACCCCCCAAAACCCCUGAAAUCCCAACCAUAUCCCCACCUCCUAAAACCCACUCUCACUCUCACUUUCAAGAAAAAAUGCUCUACCUCGACUCAAUAGGCCUCGACUUCUUAUCCUUAAUCGACCACCACCCUCCGAUCAUAUCCGUCUCUCUCCCAGACCUCAAAUCCACCGUCGAUUUAAUCACCUCCACGCUCUCCCUCACCUCCGUCGAGUUCCGCCGCAUCAUCAACAUGUGCCCAGAAAUCCUCACCUCCCGGGUCACCGACAUAGUCCCCAUCUUCACCUUCCUCCUCCGCGAGGCCCGCGUCAACGGCUCUGAUCUCAAGCGCGUCAUCAACCGACGGCCUAGAUUGCUCGUCUGCAGCGUCCAGCUCCGGCUCCGCCCCACCUUAUAUUUCCUCCAGAGCAUCGGAAUAUCCGAGGUUCACAGACACACGUACUUGCUCUCUUGUAGCGUCGAAGACAAGCUCAUUCCCAGAAUCGAAUACUUCGAAAAAAUCGGCUUUUCGCGCCGAGACGCGGUCACAAUGUUUCGGAGAUUCCCGCAGCUGUUCAAUUACAGUGUGAAACAGAACUUCGAGCUGAAAUUCGACUACUUUGUGGUGGAAAUGGGGAGGGAUUUGAAGGAGCUGAAAGAGUUUCCUCAGUACUUUUCGUUUAGCUUAGAGAAUAGGAUUAAGCCUAGGCACCAGUGUUGUGUAGAGAAAGGUGUGUGCUUUCCUCUACCUGUGUUGUUAAAGACGAGCGAGGAGCAAUUCCGUGAUAGAUUGGAGGUACUUGAACCUCACCUGUAACAAUACUAAGAUUGGUUGCAUAGUGUCUUUGUAAGGAUGAAUUUGAGGCCAGGGAGAUUGCCUUGGCGACUAGAGUUCCAACAGUUUGGGGACACCCAAUAAAAUUGGAACAAUAUGAAGAAAUUACACAACUCUAUCCCAUAUUUUUAGCUUUUCUCAACUGAUGGAAUACGGAUAUGGUGACAGUGAAGGCCGAAAGUUAGGUAGUAUAAAGGUUAUUGAAAAGGAAUCGGAGUUUGCCAUGUUUCAAUAUGUAGGCUUGUGUUUUUAGGAUGGAAAUUUUGGGGGGAGUGUGUGUGUGUUGCCAAAUUUUAUUUGGAAGUUUGGCUGCAUAUUGAUUAGCCUAAAAUUUGAAGGUUAAGAUCACUAUAAUUAUAUUCUUCCCGUGGACUGAAUUUGUGGGUGUUGGAGAAUCUAAAAGAUUCAC